GUUGGGUCUCGGCGGCUAUCAUGUCCGGUCGCGGCAAAGGCGGGAAGGGGCUCGGCAAAGGCGGCGCCAAGCGCCACCGCAAGGUGCUGCGCGACAACAUCCAGGGCAUCACCAAGCCCGCCAUCCGGCGCCUGGCCCGCCGCGGCGGCGUCAAGCGCAUCUCCGGCCUCAUCUACGAGGAGACCCGCGGGGUGCUCAAGGUGUUCCUGGAGAACGUGAUCCGGGACGCCGUCACCUACACGGAGCACGCCAAGCGCAAGACGGUCACAGCCAUGGACGUGGUCUACGCGCUCAAGCGCCAGGGGCGCCGGGGCCCAGCUGCCAUCCACGCACGUUACUGGCGAGUCAUGGCCCGGACCAAGCAGACGGCGCGCAAAUCCACCGGCGGGAAGGCCCCGCGCAAGCAGCUGGCCACCAAGGCGGCCCGCAAGAGCGCGCCGGCCACCGGCGGCGUCAAGAAGCCGCACCGCUACCGGCCGGGCACCGUGGCCCUGCGCGAGAUCCGCCGCUACCAGAAGUCCACGGAGCUGCUGAUCCGCAAGCUGCCCUUCCAGCGCCUGGUGCGCGAGAUCGCGCAGGACUUCAAGACCGACCUGCGCUUCCAGAGCUCGGCCGUCAUGGCGCUGCAGGAGGCGUGCGAGGCCUACCUGGUGGGCCUGUUCGAGGACACCAACCUGUGCGCCAUCCUCACCAUGUCUGGUCGCGGCAAAGGCGGGAAGGGGCUCGGCAAAGGCGGCGCCAAGCGCCACCGCAAGGUGCUGCGCGACAACAUCCAGGGCAUCACCAAGCCCGCCAUCCGGCGCCUGGCCCGCCGCGGCGGCGUCAAGCGCAUCUCCGGCCUCAUCUACGAGGAGACCCGCGGGGUGCUCAAGGUGUUCCUGGAGAACGUGAUCCGGGACGCCGUCACCUACACGGAGCACGCCAAGCGCAAGACGGUCACGGCCAUGGACGUGGUCUACGCGCUCAAGCGCCAGGGCCGCACCCUCUACGGCUUCGGCGGCUGAGCGUCCCCGCCGCCCUCGCCCCUCGCCCUGCGGCCCCGGCUCGUCCAC